UGUCGAUGCCCAUCCAUUCCUCGCGUAAUAAUUUCCAUAUGAUCGUAACAUGCAUAAUUCUAAUAAAUUCUAUAAACGACUCUGACACACAUUUUUAAACAAAUUAUUACAAUGAUAUCGAAAUUGCUGUGCACAGACGUACUUGUUAUUCGUUGUGUAAACAACUUAAUUUUCGUCGGCAUAGGAUGCACGUUGCAUAUUUUUGAUGCCGACACGUACAACUUGGAAGGAAAAAUAAAUUGUCUUUAUCCGUAUAAUAUCCAUGGAAUUGUCGAAGGUCCUAAUAAUAAGUUGGCUAUAUUCGGUGCUAAUUUUCUUUGCGCCUAUAAUAUUUAUAAAAAACAGGGAACAUUGAUAAUCAAAGAAAGUUACAGCAAAAAAUGUCUUAAUGAUUGGAUAAUUAGUACAAAAUGGUUUACACUUGGAGGAUGUGAUUAUUUAGCUGUAUUGUUAGCUCAUAAUAAUGUAUGUUUGUUAGAUACAUUUAAUGACCACUGCCAAAACGUGUGGUGCGAAGAAAAAUGUAUUCUGUAUGCCGGAUCAAUUUUAGUAAAAAGUAACGAAGACCUGAUCAUUUUUAGUGGAACAGUUUUUCAGGAAAUUUUAAUAUGGGAAGUAAAUCAUACUUCUUCUUAUCUCCAAAAUAUAUCCGUUUUACAUCGUUUGCAUGGACAUAAUGGUGUAAUUUUUUCAGUUAUAUUCGAUCUACAUACAAAACUAAUUUGUUCUACAUCUGAUGAUAGAACAGUAAGAUUAUGGACACUAAAGUGUAAUGACCAUGAAGAAGGAGAUGAUAUAAACUGGAGAAAAGUGGAAAUAAAAUUAAUAAGAACAAUGUUUGGUCAUACUGCUAGAGUUUGGAGAUCUAUAAUCAGAAAUGAUACUUUAAUUACAAUAGGAGAGGAUUCUCUUAUGUGUACCUGGUCUUUGGAUGGUAAAUUACUCAGCAAAAUUUCUGCUCAUCAUGGAGCAGCAUUAUGGAGUAUAGAUGUAUCAAAUGAUAGUAAAAAUGUUUUUACUGGAGGAGCUGAUGGUGCAGUUUAUGUAUGGCCUCUUGUUAAUGAUUAUACUCAGAGUCCAAUGCUGUUACCUACAAAUCAUACAUGCAAUUUACCAAAAUACGUUGCAUAUUUAAAUAAUAACUUUUUGAUUUUCAAUGAAAAUGGAAAUCUUUGUAUCGUUGACAAAUUGCACAAUAAUCCAAUACAGUCAAUGUAUUUAGAAAGAUACAGUACAUAUUGUAUUAUGGAAGUUUCUUUGUGCCGUUAUUAUGUUUGUUUUGGAUCAAUAGAUGGAUAUGUAACAAUAUAUAAAGAGACUGAUACUGCAAGCAAUAGAAAGUUACAACAGAUUCUUGAAGAAAAGAUAAUGGAAUCACGAAUAUUUUCUGUUCAGUGGUUACAAGAUAAUAAAGUGGCAGUCUGUGGAUCAAAUGGAAUUUUAAAGAUAUUUAGUUUUGAUACGGAAGGAUCAAUAAUUAUGCAAUCCAUAUGUCUAUUACCAUCGAGUCGGGAACGUUGGUUAACAGCAGCUGUAGUUUACGAGGGUUUAUUAGUAUGCGGCGAUAGAACAGGAAAUAUGCAUGUAUUCGAGUUCCAAGAAUCUAUCUUAAACGAUCGGACAAAUGUAGUUGAAAAAUACAAUAAACCUAUGCAAACUUUUACCAAAGUUCAUGGAAACAUUGGUAUUCAGAAUUUUAUAGUCUUAGGUUCCAAAUUAAUAUCAGCCGGCCGUGAUGGAAUGUUAAGAUUUUAUGAAUUAAAAAUACACAAAAAUACAAAAGUGUUGUAUACUUUACAUAAAGAAAAAAUGCCAAUGGAUUGGAUUAGUAAUAGUUUGAAAACUCCUCACGAUAUCCUUAUACUCGGCUUUAGAGAGGCAGAAUUUAUAGUAUACAGCAUGUCCCAUCAUAGAAUUAUAACAAGAGUUCCUUGCGGCGGAGGGCAUAGAUCAUGGGAUUGUACGUUGAUAGAUAAUUUAAUUACAUUCCUCUAUAUUCGUAAUAAACAAAUAUACGUAUUUGAUGUUUCGUUACAUUUUACAAAACCGCCGGUUCUAUUAAAUGGUUUUCACACAAAAGAAGUGUACUGCAUUAAUCCUAUAUCAAUAAUUAAUCAGAAUAAUAUUUUUCUAUCUGGAGGAGAGGAUGGAACUCUCCGUAUUACGAGCGUUUCAAGUGAACUGAUAGAAAAUGAUUUCAGUUUUCGGACAUUAGGUAUUUUCGAUGGUCAUAUUUCCAGCAUAAGAUCAAUAGCUACCUUGAAUUUCCAAUCUAAUUUCUCAUGCAAGAAACAUCUGGUUUUUUCGGGGGGCGGAAGAUCGCAAAUUAAAGUAUGGGAGAUUAAUAUAAGCGAUAGUGUAAACAUUUUACAAAGUACAGAUAUAUCCUGUUACGAUAUUACGUCUCAUAUGUUGCGUGGAUUUGAUCGAAUUCGCAAGAAGCAAUGGCAAAAAAAUAAUAGGUCGCAUGUAAUAGAACCUUCGACCCGAUACAUGGACAUUGCCAUCUAUAGGAAUACAAAAAAUGAGCGUUACAUAUUGCUCUUUGUUGCUUGUGCAGAUGGAUUUGUAAGAAUAUUUUUGUACGAUGUCGAUACAAGACAGAUUUCGUUGAAAGUACAUGCGAAAUGUGUUGCUCGUUGCAUAACAAAAAUAAGGAUUUUAACAUGUGCAGAGAAAAUAGUUGCAUUAACAAUGUCAACCGAUGGAAUUGGUCGUUUUAUUGAUUUCACCGAUACCGUGUCGGAAAUAUUAAAACCAGCGCAGAAAGAAGAUCAACAAUUUCAAGACCGUAUCGACGUGUUUAUCGCGAAAUUUAAUUUCCAUCAGUCCGGAAUUAAUGCGUACGAUAUAAAAAUGAUUAAAAAAGAUGAAUAUUUGUUGGCAACUGGCGGCGAUGACAAUGUAUUUAAUCUUAUUCGUUUUAAAAUUUGUUUAUCUGGGGAUGAGAAAGAAUUACAGAUUUUAUUGUUAUCAAAGUGGAAUACCGCGACGGAACACUAUGCUCAAAUUACAGGAAUAAAGUUUCACGACAACAAUAAAAUUUUUAGUGUUGGAUUGGAUCAACAAGUCAUUAUGUAUAGUUACCAUUUCACCAAUGACACUUUAUCUGUGAAAGUUUUAAAACAAAUUUCUACAUUUGUGACGGAUGUAAGUGGAUUAACUUUGUGGCCUACUCCAAAGAGCGGAUCGGUUGUAUGUGUCUAUGGUAAAGGUUUUGAAGUAUUGCUUUGUCAAUAAUAAAUUGAGUACAAAAAUAUAAUAACAGAUGGCGAAUCUACGAGAGAACGUUAAAACCGAUGUCACUAUUGAUUCAGUUAUUACGUUUCGUUAGUUAAAUUUGACGAGAAAAAGAAAGAAUUAUUUUUCUCGUCGGUUCAUUUGUAGAAAUGAC